AUGACGAGACUUAAACAAUUAACAUUACAAAGCUACAAAAGGAAUCAUAAUGCAGUAACUAUGUGGAUAGGACCCAUAUUUUUCGUUGUAUUAUCUGAUGCAGAUCAAGCAACAGUAGUAUUAAAGUCAACACAACAUAAAAAUUUUCUUUAUAAGUAUGCGCAGUAUGUCAUCGGCAAAGGAUCAGUGUUCGCGCCAGUUGAUAUUUGGCAAAGAAGGCGCAAAAUUAUAGCGCCAACAUUCACGACAAGAUUGGUCACUAAAUUUGUUCCUGUUUUUGAGGCCCAAAAUAAGACUUUAGUGGAAAAACUUAAGUCCAAAGUUGGAAAAGGGAACUUCUCAUGCUGGGAUUACAUUACCAGCUAUUCAUUGGAUUCUGUCUGUGAGACCGUGUUUGGCUUGAACCUGGAGUUGCAGCAUCAGCCGGAUCAUCCAUUCUUCAAAUCUUUCGUAAAAAUCUUUGAAAAUGUUGCUGCUCGUUUAUUGCAACCUUGGUUACAAAGUGACGCAAUUUACAAAUUGAUGCCGGUAUAUGCCAGACAAGAGCACAUGAAGAAAAUAAUUCACGAAUUUAUAGACGACUUGUCCUCAGAUGCUUUUGCUGGUCGGAAGCGCCCACGCGUGGGCUUAGGCAUUUUCGACUCUGGCUCUGAUACUGAGACAGAGGGACGAGUUACGGCGAAGUGUAAUAGUGCACGUCGCGGGAAGCCCACUUCGAAGGGACGCGGAACUGCCCUAACUCGAGCUAAAGCUGAGCGUAAGAUAAAAGCCGCCGAAGCCAGGGAGGAGGCGUUCAAGCGCUCCUUAAGAAGUCAGGCUUUACGUAAAAAUGCGCCCGAAGUCGUGCUGGACUCUGACGAGUCCUCUUCCUUGGAUGUCCGUACAGAGGAUCCCAUAAAAUUGGGUGCCGAGGAGCUGCGUGCGGAGGCUAGCCGCAACGCAUCGCUCAUUUUGGAGGUGGCCCAAAAGUCGGGCAAUUUGAAGAGUGGCUUCAUUAAUAAGCUUAAAGAUUCGGCGGCUUCGCUUCAGAGUAUGGUCGACGCUCUGGCGUCAAGGACUGAAGCGGAGGAGACCCUUAGGCUCCGUGCGGAUAAUAGUCGCCUCCGAAAGGAAAUUGACGACUUAAAGACCGAGCUUAAAGCGCAUCGCCCAGUACAUACGAGUAACAAGCGCAAUUUUAAGACAUUCUUAGAAUUAAUUAUUGAGAAUUCUAAGAAUUCAGAUACAGCAUAUACACUCGAAGAACUACGGGAAGAAACACUUGUACUUCUGUUGGCCGGUACUGAUACCUCAGCUGUUGGGAUUUGCACCACAAUUUUAAUGUUGUCACAACAUACUGAUCUACAAGAAAGAGUUUACAAAGAAAUACAAGAAGUGAUUGGUGAUUCAGAUAAGCCUCUACAAUUAGAAGAUUUAGACAAAUUAAAGUAUCUGAAAGCCGUUAUAAAUGAAACAUUAAGACUUUAUCCACCAGUUCCUUUUAUUCUUCGAUAUUGUAAAGAUGAUAUAAAACUUCCUUCUGGUUUAAAUUUACCCGAAGGUAGUAAUGUAAUCAUUAGUAUCUGGGGAAUACAUCGUAAUCCUGAGCACUGGGGUGAAGAUGCGAAUGACUUCAAUCCAGAUCGCUUUAUGUCUGGAAAAAUACCAAAUGCAUUUAUGCCAUUCAGUAUUGGCCCACGAAACUGUACUGGUCUUAAAUUUGCGAUGCUAUCGAUAACAACUAGUUUGGUGGCACUUCUGCGACAAUACCGUUUCAAUCCUGCUACAAAUUUCAAAUACGACAAAAACAAUCCACUUCGAUUUUCCUUUGAUAUUAUGAUGAAACAUGUGGAUGGUUUUACAGUUCAAGUAGAAAAUCGCAAUAAAAUGUAA